AUGUCAGGUAUAACUUCUAAAAGUCUUAGAGUUGCUUGUGGACAACUUUGUUCUUCAUCUAAUCUUACCAAUAAUGCAAGAAUUAUUAAGAAAUUAAUCCAUAAGGCAAUUGCACAAGAUGUUGAAGUACUUUUUUUACCAGAAGCUUCUGAUUAUAUAUCAAGGGAUGCGAAACAUUCAAUGAGUCUUGCAAAUUCAGUUCAUAAUGAAUUUGUUUCAAUUAUACAAAAUGAAUUAAAAGCAUUACAUAGUAGUGAUAAAAAAGGUAUAUAUGUUUCAAUUGGGAUCCAUGAACCUUCUAAUUCCAAAUCAAAUACAUCUACUGAUUUAAAAAAAGUUCAAAAUAAUCAAAUUUGGAUUGAUAAUAAGGGAGAAAUUCUUCAUAGAUAUCAAAAAUUACAUUUAUUUGAUAUUAAUAUCACCAAUGGACCUAUUUUAAAAGAAUCUAAUUCUGUUGAACCCGGUAAUAAAAUCCUUGAUCCAUUUGUAGUUGAUGAUUCUAAAAAUAAAGAUUUUAAAGUUGGGUAUGCUAUAUGUUAUGAUAUUAGAUUUCCAGAAUUAUGUUUAAGACUUCGUAAACUUGGUGCUAACAUUAUAACAUAUCCAUCAGCCUUUACCACCAAAACAGGAGAAGUUCAUUGGCAAACAUUGGGUAAAGCAAGAGCAAUUGAUUCCCAAUGUUUUGUAGUUAUGGCAGCUCAAUGUGGUGAACAUGAUGUUUACGCAGAUUUAACUGAGGAGCAGAAAUCAAAAGAAAAUGAAUUAAACAAUGGUAAAAAGAGAAUUAGUUAUGGAAAUUCUGUUAUUUUUGAUCCUUGGGGGAAAUUAUUAGCUGAAUGUAAAACAUAUAGUGAUGAUUUAUCCGAAGAUUUAGAUUCUGAAGGUGAUUAUUAUGAACUAUGUGUAGCAGAUUUGGAUUUAGAUACUGUUAACAAAGUACGUACUGAUAUGCCUCUUUUAGAACAUAGAAGACCAGAUGUUUUUGGUUAUGAAAUUUAA